AUGCCGCUAGGCAUUCCGCAGACAGCUCCGCAUCCGCACCCAAUGGCUUACCAACCCGGCCCCUUCCCACCAGCCACCAUUCUCAAAACCUUCGGCAUCGUCACCGCAGUCUGCCUGCUCGUCCUCAUGGUCCUCUACGUCGUCUACGCCGGCGGACGACGCAAGGCCUGCGGCCAAGGGCCCCGCUCGGCCAACCUCCGGGCCCGGCGCCCUCGUGACGCCGAGACAGGAGCCGCGGGCACCGCAAGACGCAAUUGUCGGCAUGUGGACUCCGUGGACACUUUGCCGCGGUAUAUGCCCAAGGAGGAAGGAGGUGUGGCUCCCGCUCCGCCCGAGCAGGUUCACGGGAGCGGGCAUGAUGGGGUCGAAGAGGAGGGACCGAAGCCGCCGGCGUAUACGUUUGAUGCGGGAGGUCCGGUCAGUGAGGGUGGGUUUGGGGUGGCUGGCGAAGGCCAUGCUGGUCUUCCGGUUUCUCCGGAUCCGGUGCAUAUUUCUAGAUAG